CAAAGAGAGGUGGAAAAAAAAGAAACAAGUAGUCGAGGCGUUCGUGGAAACAGGAAGCAAAGAGGGGGAAAGCAGAGCGGAGGUUGUUGUUGUUGUUACAAAAAAAAAACCCAAAAAAAAACUUCGGAAGGGAGCGCUCUGUCUUUUACUACCCCGGUAUUUUGAGCUCUUUGGACCAACAGUGCAGCCGCGCUUGCGGUUGGCUAGAUCGCGAGGACUUUCCGUCCGUUGCCUGGACACCGCUGAAGGAGGGAAGAUCGCGCGCUUCGCGCCGAAGUGGACGGAGCAACGGCUACCUGAUCAGGAGUCUCGUUUUAUUUGCCCUCCCUGACCGUCCACCACACUGGAAUGAACCCCACCUUACUGUUUCUUUAUCACUUUAAAGGCAGGGCGUGACAUUCCUCCUUUUAAACCGCGGCCCUAGUCGAUUUUACUGGAGUAUUUUGACGUUUGAAGAAGUCUUCAGUUCGUCUGACAGGAACGGUGCACGCGCAGGCAGCGUGAGCUAACGAAAGCUAGCGACUUAGCUGCUAAUGUCAACUAACAUGGAAGGAGAGGUGCAUGUGUUACAUAACAACCAAACGCAAUUAAAUCGCCGACUUCUGACACCCAGCAAGCACAGUAAUGGACGUGAUUUAAUCUCCAAAGAAUAAAACCGCCCAUAAAGACAUUUUUUUGGGAGAGAUGGAGUCCAACCCGCUGAUCAGCGCGAUGGAUCCGUCCAUUACAUUGUGGCAGUUCCUGCUACACCUGCUGGAGGAUCAGAGUCAGAAGCACCUGAUCUCCUGGACGUCUGGGGACGGGGAAUUCAAACUGCUGGAUGCUGAGGAGGUGGCCAGACUCUGGGGGCUUCGCAAGAACAAAACCAACAUGAACUAUGAUAAACUAAGCAGGGCACUUCGUUACUACUAUGACAAGAAUAUUAUUAAGAAAGUUAGCGGCCAGAAGUUCGUCUACAAGUUUGUGACCUAUCCGGACCCUACCUCUGCUGAUGGUCUGAGAGGGCCUGAGGAUUCACAGAGGACCACUGCGGGAGAGAAAUUAGAGCUGUCCAAUCAGACCAAACUUCAAGGUGCUGCUAACAGCACCAGCCCGUGUCUCUCCAAGAGCCUGCAGGUUCAGCGCUCUUCCCCCAGCUCGGUGCAACGCAGCUCCCGCAACGAUUACAUGAAGUCUGGUCUCUACUCUACUUUCACCAUCCAGUCCUUGCAGUCACCCUGCAAAAGCACUUCUAAAUUCAUCAAAACAGAGCACGUCUUGAUUGACGGCAGCCCCAAACCUGCCCCUCUGGACCACACAGUGCAUGAGAUACGAAUGUGUCAGACAGAAGGGCAGCAGGGAACUGUUCAGGCCCAGUCGACUGUGGAGAGCAGCAGUCUGCAGGUGAUAGUGACCCACCCCUCCCCAUGUGCUACACCCGCUCUCAGCCCCCAGACGCCCUCUGGCUCAGCCACUGCAACCACAAAUGCUCAAGCACAGAAGAGCCAGAGUUUGGGUGACCCACCACAGAUCUACUUGUCCGAUCCCAGCUCUCUGACCUCGCUAAUUCCUCUGGCUCAUGGUGAAUGUGUUGUCAACCCCUCUCAGCCUGUGUUUGUGGUCAUAAAGCCUCCUUCUGUCGGGCUGCCCAAAGAGUCAAAUCUCCCGCCUGAGGAAAACUUGCUGAAGAUUGUCGAUCUGGAUGAAAAAACAGAUGUUGAGUCGGUGUCCACAGUGCCUGUCCCUGGAGAUACAGAUGCCCCAAUCCCUGUGGAUGAACCUUCACCCUGCGUGGAGCCAGUGGCCCAGCCGGUUGGAGAAGAGGAAGUGGAAGAGAAUCCUGAGUUACCUGAGGACACCAAUACUUCAUCAGCCUCCCUCUCAGAGAGCAUGCAGGAAGUCCAGCCUCCUAAAUCAAAGAAGCCACGUGUGCUGGAGCUGCCAUCCUCGUCUACACUGCUGCCCAUUGGUCUCUCACUGGAUAAGGUCAAUGCAGCGGUGAACAGCCUGCUGGCCUCUGGCAGUGCCACAAACACCUUAACACCCACAGUCAUCACCUCCCAUUCCCUGACUCCAGUGCUGUUGACACCGAGUCCGCUGCCAUCAACCAUUCACUUCUGGAGCACGCUCAGUCCUAUCGCUCCACGCAGCCCUGCCAAGCUCUCCUUCCAGUUCCCCUCCAACGGAAGCAAUCAGAUCCAGAUCCCGGCACUGAGCGUGGACGGCCUAUCCACACCUGUCGUUCUCUCCCCUGGACCACAGAAACCUUGACUUGCGAUUUAAUUAAUUUGUCUCUUGCCUUGGUGAUUGGCUCACUCCCCAGCCAAUAAGACGCUGAGGACGACCAAUGAAAGAUGAGACACUCCAUAACAAGUUCUGCUUCGAGUUGGGCGGAGCCUCUGCUCCAAUGAUGACUCGACAAGAGGAGUGCGCUCUCAGUUGUCCUUUACGAUUGGCUGACAGAGCUGCCCGCUUCUGGGCUUCAUGGUGGUAUUUCAUAGACUAUUUGCUCUUUUGUUUUUCCCUUUCCCUUUUAUAUGAUCAUCAACGGUUAUUUAUUUAUUUUUGAUGUGUCUUGGUGCAUUAUGUGAUGUGCAUUCCGGAAUGCUCAGAUUGUGAAUUUGGAACUCUGAGAUCUCACUUUAUUUUUGAUUUCUCACCGUAACAUUAUGAGUUAUGGACCAGACGAGGUAACCUCUGAUUGAAUCAAGGCAUGAAAUGCCAUUUACAGACGGAGCAUUGCUUUCUUAAAAACUUCUUUCUUUUUGUGAAAAUAGAAAGCAUGCAUUUGAAAUCUGACAGAUUAAAGUGCAAGAUUAUUUUUUCUUUGCCAUUACAAAGACACAAAUCAGUUUUUAAAAGGAUAUGACACACUGUUGUUUUAAACAUUUUGUGUUUUUCCGUGGACAAAGGAGUCC